AUGUUGGCCCUCCAAAGGCUGCGGCAAACGCAGCAGUCACCCGCUCGAGUAGCGAGAAUAUUCCCAACCUCGAAAACUGCUUUUACAAACAUGCCGCCACACCAGCAGCUGCAACCCCGCCCGAGCCAAUCACAGGCCCGCUCGCUGUCGUCACACAGUCUCCCCACCUCCUCCGCUGGGAGAGGAGCCCCUCCUUCAAAUCCCUCGACCUCCUUCUCGCAACAACCUCUUGCACGGACAGCCCAGAUUGCCCGACACCUCUCCACGUCCACCAGCAGUCAACCGUUCGACAAAAUGGCCUACUCCAUCCGCAAGGUCGGCGCCCCCUACACCCUCGAGCACCGCGUGUACAUCGAGAAGGAUGGCGUCCCUGUCUCCCCCUUCCACGACAUCCCCCUCUAUGCCAACGCCGAGAAGACCAUCCUCAACAUGAUUGUUGAGAUCCCCCGCUGGACCAACGCCAAGCAGGAGAUCUCCAAGGACGAGCUGCUCAACCCCAUCAAGCAGGACGUCAAGAAGGGCAAGCUCAGAUUUGUUCGCAACUGCUUCCCCCACAAGGGGUACCUCUGGAACUAUGGUGCCUUCCCUCAGACCUGGGAGGACCCCAACGUUGUCCACCCCGAGACCAAGGCCAAGGGCGACAACGACCCGUUGGACGUCUGCGAGAUCGGCGAGCUGGUUGGCUACACCGGCCAGAUCAAGCAGGUCAAGGUCCUCGGCGUGAUGGCUCUUUUGGACGAGGAGGAGACCGACUGGAAGGUCAUUGUCAUUGACGUCAACGACCCCUUGGCUCCCAAGCUCAACGACGUUGAGGAUGUCGAGCGCCACCUCCCUGGUCUUCUGCGGGCCACUAACGAGUGGUUCCGCAUCUACAAGAUCCCUGACGGAAAGCCCGAGAACCAGUUCGCUUUCACUGGCGAGUGCAAGAACAAGAAGUACGCCAUGGACGUCGUUCACGAGUGCAACGAGGCCUGGGAGAAACUCAUCACCGGCAAGGCUCCCGCCGCUCCCCCCUCUGCCCCAGAACCAGGAGCUCCCGCCUGCUCCCAUCGACGCCAGCAUUGACAAGUGGUUCUUCAUUAGCGGUGCUUCUGCUUGAAUUGCUGAGGCGAGGCUUUAACAACAACACCCUGACAAGGCUUUUGGAGAAAGGUAUAUAGAUAGGGGUUUAAAAGUUAGAUAUAGCCGGGUCGAACAAAAUCAAAGCAGCGAAUCAAGUCUUUUUGAGGGAUGAUGGAUGAGUGUGCAGUGGUGUGUUUUGUUUGUUGUAAAGAUAUUUGAACGCCUUCCCUAUGCUGUAAAGACAAGAAUGGUAUAUGUGGUAGAUACAGUUUUUGUACAGAUUCCCUCUUCUUU